AUGAGCUCUAUGAUGGGAUCUGCCGGGCAAAGGCGCGGCCUCGCGCUCUUCGCUCGUGCUUCGGCCAACCUCAACUCCAAGAUACCCAAGCGUAUUACGUCAAAACACAACCAGAAGCCGUUGGGCUCGUAUCCCUUCCCGCCGGAGCAUGAGAUGCUUUGGAAAAACAGGCGUAAUGUGCCCGGAGGAUAUUUUCACCAGGCGGUAUCGCCGUUCCAGCUCAAGUUUUGCUACCCGCUGAUUCACCAGGGGUACGCGAGGAUAUGGGCGAAGGGGUCGCAGAUGUUCUGGUGGGUCAUAUGGCCCACUGCUAUGGCCAUCACCGGGUUCCUGUCCAUCGAUGCCAUCAACACCAAAUACCUCAAGAGAAUAGGUUAUGACUAA